AUCCUCGAAGUCCGCGAUCUCGUCAAGGACUUCGGCGGCGUCCGCGCAGUUGACCACUGCUCCCUGGACGUCCGGCCCGGCACCAUAACCGGCCUCAUAGGCCCCAAUGGCGCGGGCAAGACCACGCUCUUCAACCUCAUCAGCGGCUUCCACAAACCCACGAGCGGCACGAUAACCUUCCUCGGUCAGCGCAUAGACGGCAUGGAGGCGCACCAGACCUUCAGCACCGGGCUUGUUCGCACCUUCCAGAUUCCCCGCGAGUUCAAGCAGAUGACCGUGCUCGAAAACCUGAUGCUCGUGCCCGCGAACCAGUCAGGCGAGCGCGUCUGGGCUUCAUGGUUCACACCCUGGCGCAUCGCCCCGCAGGAACGCGAGAUAGAGCGGCAGGCGCUUGAAACUCUGGAGUUCCUCAACCUGCUGCAUCUGAGGGACGAGUACGCCGCCAACCUCUCCGGCGGUCAGAAGAAGCUUCUUGAACUCGGCAGAACGCUCAUGGCGAAGCCCAAGAUGAUUCUGCUUGACGAGCCAAGCGCAGGCGUCAGCCCCGCGCUCACCGAACUGCUGAUGGAAGACAUCCGCCGCGCGCAGGAAGAGACGGGCACGACCAUCCUCAUCAUCGAGCACAACAUGCAUCUGGUUAUGAGCCUGUGCAAUCCCGUCAUAGUCAUGAGCGAGGGCAGAAAGCUCGCCGAGGGCACGCCGCAAGAGGUGCAGCGCAACGACGAAGUGCUCAGCGCCUAUCUCGGGUUCGCGGUCGAGAGGUCGCGCAUGAGCAUCCUCACUGUUGACAACAUCGUCGCAGGCUACGGCGAGACGGAAAUCCUGCACGGCGUCUCCAUGCGCAUCGAGCCGGGCGAGGCGGUUACCAUAUUCGGUCCCAACGGCUGCGGCAAGUCAACGCUCAUGAAGACGAUAUUCGGCUUGCUCACACCCAAGCAGGGCAGCGUCAUGUUCGAGGACGCCGACAUCACCGGCAUGCCCACCGACAGACUCAUCCACAUGGGCAUGUCCUACGUCCCGCAGACAGGCAACAUCUUCCCGUCGCUGACCAUCGAGGAAAACCUUGAGAUGGGCGCGUUCGUGGACGACAGCGACGUGCGGUCGCGCAUAUCCGAGAUGUACGCGAUGUUCCCCGACCUGCAGCGCGGCAGGCGACAGCGCGCAGGCAGCCUCUCCGGUGGGCAGCGGCAGAUGCUCGCCUUUGGGCGCGCCCUGAUGCUCAGACCAAAGCUGCUGCUCUGGACGAGCCUUCCGCGGGCCUGUCGCCCAUCAUGA